AGGACAAUGUAAAAUGUUUGGUUAUAAGUUAAAAAAUUGACUUAUACUUUGCCACAAGUAUAGUCUACAAUAUUAUUUAGCUGUAAAGUCUAAAAGAAGGACGUCGGGUUACUGAAUGUUUUAGAAACUGGAUAUGAAAGAUCAUUGGUACAAAGAACCAUCAAGAUGUUAAUACAAUUGUCAAUUUUUCUAUACUCCCUCUCAGCCAUCGCCGGGACAUAUGUGGCAUAUUUUCCAAAUUCACUGAUACCUGGUAUCCCGUUGAAAGUUCGAGUUCUGGUUCAAAACUCUCGAGGUCCAGUUUCAGUUCGCGCCGGUCUGAAAUUCGCAAAUAACGACUCAGUUGUUGCAGAAAAUACUAUCUCUGUGAAUAGUGGAAUGUAUUCGACUAUACCUAUUAAAUUUCCAAGUACAUUGCUUCCCUCGAAUUAUCGAGCAUUUAUAACGGGGUCUGAUGGAUUGGUCUUCACAAACAGUUCAAGAAUUCACUAUAACGACAGGAGCUUGAUGGUAUUUAUACAGACAGACAAAGUUCGUUAUUCGGCAGGUCAGACAGUGAGAUAUCGGGCAGUAUUUCUUCUUCCCAAUCUUAUGGGUUUCCAGGGAGAAGCGACCGUCAUAAUUCAGGAUGGACAGGAAAAUAAAAUCGAGACAAGAGGACCACAUUUGGUUAAAAAUGGGGUUAUAUCUGGAGAAAUAGAGCUCAGCAAAUACCCCGUGUUCGGGAACUGGACAAUAGUCAUUGAUGUUAUGGGGAAAACGCAUACACAGUAUUUCGAAGUCAAUGAAUAUGUCUUGCCGAGGUUUACCGUUACGUUGACAAUACCUCCUAUAGUAAAUACAUCACAAGCGUCUCUUACAAUCGGUGUAAAGGCAAGUUUUACAUUCAAGACAGAUGUUAUUGGAAACUGCACUGUUUUACUGUAUAAUGAAGAGAAGCCUUCGAAGAACCUAAAGCUUUUAAAUGAUAUAAAAGGUACGACAGAGUUCACUAUCCAGAUGUCAAAGGUCACAAGGGAAUUAGAUAUAAACUCAAAUAUUAAAGUCAGAGCUCUGGUAACCGAUAAUGCAACAGUACUAACAAUGGUAGCCGAGCGAAGAUUGAAUAUAGCUUCAAAUAAACCACAGCCGAUAACUUUAACAAACAUUGAUGCUUAUAAAAAUAGCUAUUUACCUGGAAUGACUUAUCGUGCAAAGAUUUUUGUUGGAAGAAAUGGUAAAUCACUAGGAAGAAGCGGCCGGCUGACAGUGACACCAUCGGUUACUACGGCAACAUUGAAAUAUUGUUCUCACAAUAGUCCCACUUACAAAUGGCUGAAAGUAAACACGGAACGCAAAAGGUCUUUUACUAUAAAUUUUGACGAGUCUGGAUAUGCUGACCUUGCAUAUUUGGAUAACACUAAAAAUGUAGAGAAAAUAUCAUUUAAGAUUAUAUUACAAGACACAAGUAUUCAGCUAACUUCUGUUUCCGAUUCAUUUGAUAUUUAUCCUCUUUCGGAUAAUAAACCGUUCCUACGGAUGAAUGUUAACAAGUUCAGAGCCAAGGCCGGCGAAAGCAUUGUUAUCGACGUAACUGCAACGGAAAAUCUAAACGGAGCGUUGACAUUUGAGGUGUAUGCAAGGGGUAUGCAUCUUAUAUCAGAACGGGUAGUCAUAAACAGUGCUUUAACAAAGACACAUACUAUGCAAGUAACAAAGGAUAUGAUUCCAAGUGCGUUUAUCAUAGUCAAUCAUUUGACACAAACUGGUCAUCUUAUCGCCGACUAUGUGUACAUACAGGUUGAAGGAAAUCCAUUCAAAAAUGAGGUAGAAAUAUCAUUAAAUGACACAAAAACACAGCCAGGGGAGACGGUAAACAUGCAUGCAUCAGCCGACCCACAUUCAACUAUCUAUGUCUUAGCAGAGGAUCUCAGGAACCGUGUGUUUGGUGUUGACAACGACAUAUUUUGGACAGACAUUGUACGAGAGAUUGUUGAUGCGAGUCCUAGUAUACCGCAAAAUAUUAGAAAUCAUGGAAACAGAAAAAAGCGGGCUGAACAAAUAAGACAGUUGGCUAAACGUUCAUAUGGGAAUCUUGGAGAUUUAGACGACAAAUAUAUUGAAAGUGGAUUGAUAGUUCUUUCGGAUGCAACUGUUUCCGAGAAAAAGCUAGAUUUUCUUACUUCAAAAGGGUAUAAACAAGAAUGUACUCGACGUGUAUAUCAAGGAGGAUUGUUUUCAUGGGGCGUUCAUGCUUCCAGUUCUUCUUCGAACAAUUUUGCUCUUCAAGGUUCCAUUCCUUCUACGAACGAGUUUAGUCGUCAAG